AUGCCAGCCCCUGAGCAGACCCCAAUGGUGGAGGAGGGGCUGCCGCAGACAACACAGGAAACUUCAACAGGCCCAGGCAUGGAACCAGAGACCACUGCCACUACCAUUUUAGCUUCUGUAAAGGAACAGGAGCUCCAAUUUCAAAGACUUACCAGAGAACUGGAAGUGGAAAGGCAAAUUGUGGCUAAUCAGCUAGAAAGAUGUAGGCUUGGAGCAGAAUCACCAAGUAUCGCCAGCACAAGCUCUACUGAGAAGUCAUUUCCUUGGAGAUCGUCAGAUCCUACGACCACCAGUGUAAACAAACCGCAAGUGUCAGAGAGUGUUCAUACCAAUGCCUAUGACAUUAGGACAGAACCAGAACAAGGGAACCUCUACUCACCAGAACAGACAUCUCUCCAUGAAAGUGAGGGGUCUGUAGGUAACUCAAGAAGUUCAACACAAAUGAAUUCUUAUUCUGACAGUGGUUACCAGGAAGUAAGCAGUUUCCAUAACAGCCAAAACUUGAGCAAAUCAGAAAACAGACAGCAGCAUUCCCUCAUUGGAACUGCUAAUAACCAUUUGGUGAGAAGCUCACGAGCUGAAGGGCAGACUUCAGUCCAGCCUUCAGUAAAUAUUACUACCAACCGAGUCAUGAGACGUGUCAGUUCAGUCCCAUCCAGAGCACAGUCUCCCUCUUACAUGGUCAGCACAGGUGUUUCCCCUUCAAGGGGGUCGCUGCGAACGUCUCUGGGUAGCGGGUAUGGUUCUCCAUCAGUUACUGAGCAAAGAUCCCUUACUUCUCAUGCGUACGCAUCCACUACUCUGCCAGUACAGCGGGCAGCAUCCCCGUAUGCUGCUCAGAGACCUGCCUCCCCGACGGCUGUGCGGCGGAUUGGCUCGGUUACAUCCAGACAGACGGCAAAUCCCAAUGGCGGGACUUCCCAGUACCAGACAUCGGUCAGAGUCGGCUCUCCUCUUGCCCUUACUGAUAUACAAACCAGAGUAGCUUCUCCAUCCCAAACUCAGCUGGGAUCUUCUUCCCCGAAGCGUUCUGGCAUGACUGCAGUUCCACAGCAUUUGGGAGCAACACUGCAAAGAACAAUUCAUGAUAUUGAACAAUAUGGACAGCAGUAUGAUAUAUACGAGAGAAUGGUCCCUCCACGUCCAGAUAGCCUUACAGGCCUGAGGAGUUCAUAUGCUAGUCAACACAGUCAACUAGGACAAGAAUUACGAUCAACUGUAUCUCCUGACAUGCACAUCACCCCUAUCUAUGAAGGCAGAACUUACUACAGUCCUGUGUACCGUAGUCCUAAUCAUGGAACAAUUGAGCUCCACCAGGGAUCCCAGUCAGCAUUAUAUCGAACAGGGUCAGGAGUCGGAAAUCUGCAAAGAUCAUCCAGUCAGCGUAGCACACUCACAUACCAAAGAAAUAAUUACGCUCUGAACACAACAGCUACCUAUGCGGAACCCUACAGGUCAAUGCAGUAUCGACUAUCAGAGUCCAGUUAUAACAGGCUGCAGCAUGCAACGCCCGCCGAGGAUGGGACCACGCGAUCUCCAUCCAUAGACAGCAUCCAGAAAGACCCCAGGCAAUUUGCUUGGCGAGAUCCAGAACUGCCUGAAGUCAUUCACAUGCUUCAACACCAGUUCCCAUCGGUUCAGGCGAAUGCAGCUGCCUACCUUCAGCACCUGUGCUUCGGAGAUAACAAAGUAAAAACGGAGGUAUGUAGACUAGGAGGAAUCAAGCACCUGGUUGAUCUCUUGGAUCACAGAGUCCUGGAAGUUCAGAAGAAUGCUUGCGGCGCACUGAGAAACCUUGUUUAUGGAAAGUCUACUGAUGAAAACAAAAUAGCAAUGAAGAAUGUUGGUGGGAUACCUGCCCUUUUACGAUUGUUGAGAAAAUCUGUUGAUGCCGAAAUAAAAGAGCUUGUAACAGGGGUUCUCUGGAACUUGUCUUCAUGCGAUGCAGUAAAGAUGACAAUCAUUAGAGAUGCUCUGUCAACACUAACGAACACUGUGAUAGUGCCACAUUCUGGAUGGAACAGUUCUUCCUUUGAUGAUGAUCAUAAAAUUAAAUUUCAGACUUCCCUAGUUCUGCGCAAUACUACAGGAUGCCUGAGGAAUCUAAGCUCUGCCGGUGAAGAAGCCCGGAAGCAGAUGAGGUCUUGCGAAGGGCUGGUCGAUUCACUGCUAUACGUGAUCCACACGUGUGUGAACACAUCCGAUUAUGACAGCAAGACAGUGGAAAACUGUGUGUGUACCUUGAGAAACCUUUCUUACCGUUUGGAACUGGAGGUACCUCAGGCACGUCUGCUAGGAAUCAAUGAAUUGGAUGACUUGUUAGGAAAAGAAUCGCCUAGCAAAGAUUCAGAGCCAAGUUGCUGGGGGAAAAAGAAGAAGAAGAAAAAAAAAACUUCGCAGGAGGAUCAGUGGGAUGGAGUUGGCCCUAUACCAGGAUUUUCCAAGUCUCCUAAAGGGGUGGAAAUGCUAUGGCACCCAUCUGUGGUAAAGCCGUACCUAACGCUUCUAGCAGAAAGCUCCAAUCCAGCUACUCUAGAGGGCUCUGCAGGAUCUCUCCAGAAUCUUUCUGCAGGCAACUGGAAGUUUGCAGCAUACAUUCGAGCUGCUGUAAGAAAAGAAAAAGGACUACCAAUCCUUGUGGAGCUGCUGAGAAUGGAUAAUGAUAGAGUUGUUUCAUCUGUGGCAACUGCCUUAAGGAAUAUGGCAUUAGACGUUCGUAAUAAGGAGCUUAUUGGUAAAUAUGCUAUGCGAGAUCUGGUUAAUCGACUCCCAGGAGGCAAUGGUCCAAGCAUAUUGUCUGAUGAGACUGUAGCAGCAAUCUGCUGUGCUUUGCAUGAGGUCACUAGUAAAAACAUGGAAAAUGCCAAAGCCCUUGCUGAUACUGGAGGAAUAGAAAAGCUGGUGAACAUAACAAAAGGAAGAGGUGACAGAUCAUCACUGAAAGUUGUCAAGGCAGCCGCCCAGGUACUGAAUACGUUAUGGCAAUACCGAGAUCUCCGUAGUAUUUAUAAAAAGGAUGGAUGGAAUCAAAGUCAUUUUAUUACACCAGUGUCAACACUAGAGCGAGAGAGAUUCAAAUCACAUCCUUCUUUAUCAACAACAAAUCAACAGAUGUCACCUGUCAUACAGUCAGUUGGCAGCACAUCCUCAUCACCGGCUUUAUUAGGAAUUAGAGAACCCCGCUCUGAAUAUGAUAGGACACAACCUUCUAUGCAGUAUUAUAAUAACCAAGGCGAUGUCAUUACACAUAAAGACAUAUAUACUGGUUCCAGCAAACCUUCACCAAUAUACAUCAGUUCCUAUUCCUCACCAGCAAGAGAACAAAAUAGACGACUACAGCAUCAGCAAUUGUACUACAGUCAAGAAGAUACCAACAGAAAAAACUACGAUGCAUACAGAUUAUACUUGCAGUCCCCACAUAGCUAUGAAGACCCGUAUUUUGAUGAUCGAGUUCACUUUCCUGCUACUUCAGAUUACGCAACACAAUAUGGACUGAAAUCAACCACAAAUUAUGUAGACUUUUAUUCCACCAGACGAUCUUCUUAUAGAGCAGAACAGUACCCAGGUUCACCUGACUCCUGGGUGUAGCAUCAGAGAGAAGAAACAACAGUGUAUUUCUCAUCUUCCUUGAGAAGAAAUGGAAUGGCCUCAUUUGUUGUUUAGGUUAUGAAAUGUGAAAGUGAAAUAAAAGAAGGAACAAGGAA